AGGCACAUAGUUAAACAUCAAGCAUUUGUCCGGUAUAUUUCAAUAUGGCGUUGAACUCUUUCAUUUUGAGCAUGGAAUACAUCCCGAGGUACAAAUACAUAGCUAAAUAUGCUACAGAGCUUGAUGGAAAAGCUACCUUCUUUUUACGCAGACUGUAUCCUAAAGAUACGUUUGUACCAUUAGAAUUUGGAGAUGUUACCAUUUCAUUACAUUCGGAAUGUCUUUCAAAAGGAAAAGAGUGCCUUAAUGGUCAUCUCCGAAAAAUAUCAAAUGAAGUAUUAAAUGAAAAUCGUUCUACAUUGCUUGAGAGGAAAUGUCAGCCACAGAUAAGUGUUGGUGAGUAUGUCGUUAAGGUAAAAAACGAAGAAGACAUGGAAGUCUCAUUGAAAAAUAUGGAACAGCUUCAAGACGCGUUGGAAUUACUCCUUGAAAAGUUUGUUUUUAAGCAAUUCAUGGUCAAAUUUAACAAGAUAUGUGUACUAAAGCCGAAGCUGAAUGAGCAACAAUUUGGCCAGGAAACUGAUGACGACAACAACAGUUAUUCGAUAGAAAUAAACAAUCUGAAUGCGGUUGACAGAGAAAACCUCAUGGAUACCAUACGUGAGGGCCAAGCGCUGUUAAGGAGGUUUGACAAUGCCAGCAUUCAGACCUGCAGUAUGCACACCUCGAUGAACGAUGAAAUUAUAGACGCUGUUUUUGGCGUAGACAAGAAGGUUAAAGGAUGCGGCUUCAGAGACGGACAACUCCAAAUACAUGUACAGAUGCCUAGUCUGAAAUGCGAAAGACAACGAAUAAAAAGCGAAAUGUCAGAUGUUCUAAAGACUUUCAAGAUCGACCAUAUGGUGAUAUUUGGCGAUUACGACAUCACCCCUUUUUCGGGAUCCAAAGUUGGAGAUAAAGCUGAGAACAUUUUGGGUAGAACAGGAACGCUUGGAGGUUUUGCUCGAAUAGAAGGUCAUCUUUCACUAAGUGAAUGCCAACUUUGUGCUCUCUUUGCGAGACAUUUUGCAGAUCCCGAUGAGGACAACGAAGAGCCUCCAGUAUAUAUAUUUGAUCAAAGUGGUAACAAAACUGCCAUUGGAGUGGUUCAUCGAGGAAACGGAAAAAACAAAUAUGAUAUUUCUGCUGUAGCAGUUGUAUCUGAGGUCGGAAACAACAAAUUCAAAACUUCUGAGGGCCUAUAUUCACCCAGCCAACUAUGCCUUUUCGAACAUGAUCAACUGGCAAAAUUUGAGGAGCUACAAGUCUACAUUUGGGCAAAUGGAGAAGCGACUCCACGACGAGGAAAGAUCACAAUUCCGUACUAUCGCUGUCGUGCAAUGGACGGUCAUUACGUCUUGAUUGAGGACCUUUGUGUGUGGGACAGAGAAACCAACGCGCUUGUGAGAAAGAGACUGUGUGAAUCUGGUCAUAGCGGGGCUAUAUUCUGUUCCGACGAUCCGAAUGGAAAAUCUAUCAAUGUGUAUUCAAUGCUUGUAGGUAUGUGGAACUAUAAAGAAGUGGAUAAUGAUGCCUCACACAAAGGCGUGUACAUGACGUUUGCCGUCUGCAAAGGAUUGGAAGACUUGAGCGAUAAACUUGGCGCCGAUAUCAAGCUUUGUUAG